GUCUUCCCUUUGCGACUCUCUUUGUCAACUGUGGCUCAGACAGGAGUGUGUCGCACUCUGCGAAUGCUCAGAUGCCCUGUGCUUUUCGGCGCCCUUUCACUCUGCUUGAGAGCCGGCUAGAUUUAUUACAGGCAUCUCCAACCUUGGCAACUUUACCACUUGUUGGACUUCAACUCCCAGAAUUCCUCAGCCAGCACAAUUCUGGGAGUUGGAGUCCACAAGUCGUAAAGUUGCCAAGAUUGGAGACGCCUGGGCGAGAAGGCUGAAGUUAGUGUAGUUGGGGGUAGGAUGAACGCUCACGAUUUUUUUGGGUGGGGAGCGUUUCCUGUAAGGUUGCCCUUGCCUGACUUCAUAGAGGAGUGGUCUUGUCUUUUGGGGGAGGGGGGAAGAGGGAGGGUUGGCCGUUUGUUCCUGGCUGCCUGGCUCAGUCCAUAGUACUUGCACGUGACUGGUGAUUCUUGGAUUGCUUACAGUAGUAACCUUUGCCUUGCUUGUGAUGUGUCUCUUUCAAUCCCCUUGUGUUAUGACUUGUGGUGGAGUGGAAUCUGGUAGUGGUAUGACAUGACUUAGCUUUACUGCUAUGACCAGGGUGUGGAUCCAAUUUUUUUAAGGAAAAUAUCGGCUAGGAAUGAAAAACAAGAUGCCAUAAUAACAAGGGUGGUCUGUAAGGGGUAUGAAUUCAAGCAGUUAAAGAUUAUUUUUUGUUAUUUUGUGCUAACAAUGUUAAAAAUAUAAAAGAGAGAGAGAGAGAGAACCUAGAAUGUAAACAGAUCCACCCAUAAUAAUUAACAGGCAAUGCAUUAGCUCAACCUCCUGACCCUCAGGCUUGGUGACAACCAGUUUUUAAAAGUUCUUCAGAAAGGCUUGUUCGGGAAACAGUGGUAAACUCCAUAACUAAUUUAUCCAUUGUUUGUAUUAAGUUGAAUUGUUUGAUUGACUGUCACUAUUUGCUAGGCCUGUGGAAGUGCUAUAUGUUAGGUAUAGCGUUGUCUAUGUGAUAAAAUAAUUUCUAAUACCUAAACCUGCAAUUCAGAAAUUACACAAGUGAAAGAAAGUGGAGGAAUACAUGCAUCCUUGUGUACAUACACAUACAAACCCCCUCCAGUCUGAAUUGUCUUGAUAUGUUGUAAGUGCUUUGCUAGCAGGCAGAGUUUCAAAAUACCUUUUGCAUUAGAUCAGCCUCAAGUAUAUGACGUUAAAAGUUUACAUUUUGCAAGGUAUUGUUUAUCUGUAAAUAAAUAAUGCAAGACAUACUGCAAGCUUCAGGGCCUCUAGGAAAGUAAGCUGAGACUGUACUAUGGGUAAAGUUAAGAUGGUUUGUGGAAUAUUUAAUUUCCUUGGCACAAAGGAUAAGAGACUGGAAGGGAUGGUUUUUUUUAAUACAGAGUGUAUUUACUUAAACACGAGAUGGUGUGCUGAGUAUAAUUGAACAAGUAGAACAUGAUCUCUUUUUUUGUUCUCCAGUGGCUGAAACCUGGAUAUUUUACUACAGCAGAUUCCCAGUGGGAUGAAAUAGGCAACAUGGUGUUUCUAAGAAAUCUUAAGCAACAACUCAUUCUUUUGUUACGGUUUACAGAUAACACAUUUGAUCCAGAACUUGCAGCAACGAUUGCUGUGCCUAUUUGUCUUUUAAGAGGGUUUUUAGUAUAUACUCAGAUGCUGUGGAAAGUUGGAAGGGAUAUCUUAAAAAUUGCUUCACAGAAAGCUGGCAUAAUGAAGCAUGGUGUUGACUUCAAAGUGAAAACAAUCUCAGUAGAUGGAAAUAAGGCUAAGCUUGCAAUCUGGGACACUGCAGGCCAAGAGCGAUUCAGAACACUAACACCCAGCUAUUACAGAGGAGCACAAGGAGUUAUAUUGGUUUAUGAUGUCACAAGAAGAGACACAUUUACUAAACUCGACAAUUGGUUAACUGAAUUGGAAACAUACUGCACAAGAUAUGACAUAGUUAAAAUGCUAGUUGGAAACAAAAUAGAUAAGGAAAAUAGAGAAGUUGACAGAAAUGAAGGUCUUAAGUUUGCCCGAAAACAUUCCAUGUUAUUUAUAGAGGCAAGUGCAAAAACAUGUGAUGGUGUACAAUGCGCUUUUGAAGAACUUGUUGAGAAAAUAAUUCAGACUCCUGGACUGUGGGAAAGUGAAAGCCAAAACAGAGGUGUAAAAUUAUCGAACAAUGAAGAGGGUUAUCGGGGUGCCUGUGGUGGCUAUUGUUCUGUGUUAUAAACUCUAUUAGGAUUAUUUACUUAUUUAAGAGGUAGAAUUAUCCUCUGUACAUAAACUCAUAUCUGCUAUUUUAGGGACCUUGCAAUUUGCACAUAUUUGUGUAGUAUGGCAGGGAACAUUUUCCUGGGAAAAUGUAUCCUGCAGCUUGUCCAAUGGAGAAAUGCUGUGAUAAGCAUGCCAAAAUUGCAACGUUCUGGUUUUUUUUAAAUAUAUACAUAGCAUCCCAUUUUGCUAGGCACAUUCAUAUUUCAUAACUUUAUCAUGGAAUAUUUGGAAAAAUUUAUUAUGUUGACUGUGUACUCUAACUUGUCUCUAACCCAAAUCACAGGAUUGUUUGAGGUAUAUCUCAAAUAAUGCAAGCAGAUAGAAGUAAAACUUGCACUUCUUACUGGCAGUUGCUUUUCUUACCUGUUUAAUAGCAUGAUGAUACAAUCUUUUUUCAGUUGUAAGCAACACCUUUUUUAGCUUGUAACUUGUCCUGGGUGAUUGUGAACUGCAAGGAAAGGAAAAGGAUCACUCUUUAAAUGAUUACUGCAGUAAGUAUCCAUUGGAGUUUUAACUCUGAAAAGCAUGAAACGGUACUUUGCAUUACGAAGUUCAUGGUGCACAUCUGUAGGAGAAUGCUUUUUGGUUAAGGGUUUCACAGAGUGGUAUUGUAUAAAUCAUCUUGCCAAGUUUUAAACAUUUCUGUGUGUUAUUAGUGUGAUUUGGACUCAGUAACCCCAAAACUAUUGAGCCUUGAUGUUUGAAAGCUUUGAAUUAAAUGGCUGCUGCAUUUGCAGCUAUUGGUUCUGAACCUUAAUUGUUGAAAAUAUCUCCUGGAUGUGUAUGUCUGUGUAAGGAAUAUGCUAUUUUGUUGAGGUUUUGCUGUAACAAACAGCCUGUGGCUGGCUUGUUUCAGAGAACUUGUAUUGUUAAUAAAAAAUUUUUGACAGUA